CUACAGUGAAGCACACCUCACUGACUAAACACAGUGAUGCCUUGUAGCCCGAGAGCCGACGUCUCAGACAGACAACUCGUUUUGUUCUAGACGGCUGGAAUAUGUCAGAUUAUGAUCCCAAUUAUGUGAUACCUCUGGUGCUGUUAACUCUGGCCUGCGUCAUCUCUUUCUGUCUCAAUGUCAUCUUCUGCAUGAGACAAAGAGCCACAUUGUGCAGAGACAGAGACGAGUGCUGCUUCACACACAUGUUUACAGGAGAAAGCCCGUCACAGGAUAGCGAGCAUCAUCACAAUGAGCAGCAGGAAAAUCCAAUCUACGGCAACAUCAGCUCAGACAGAAGAGAUUCUGCAGAGGUUUGCUAUGAGAUGAUGAGCAUGCGACACACAAGAGAUCGUAUGGAGUCUCCCGAGCCUGACCUGAAUUAUGCCUCGCUGGAUCUACAGAACGCAAAGAAACGCAUGAAGAAGAAUCGCCAUAAGCAAGGCCAAGCUCUGGGAGGAAGCCCACUUAAAGAGGAGCUGCCGGUCCACUUCACACCCCCAGUGAAUGCUUUCUUGGAGGUGGAAGCAGACAUGGAUGCUCACCUUCCUUCCAGAGACACCAGCACGAUGGUUUCACACAGUAGCAUCUACCUGAACAGUCAACAGAUCGCCCAAGAGACAGAGGAGAUGGCGAGAGAAAGGGGUGUAAACAUGGAGAGGGAGAAUGUGGGUUAUGAGGGAAUAAGAAGGAGGGAGGAUGGGCAAAGUAGAGAGUGGAAAAGAGAGUAUGAGGGAAGAAAAGAUAGACAAGAUAUUAAUGGGGGUGUAUGCACACAGCUUCCAGAAGUAGAGGCUAUUCAGAGUGGCAUAGCUCAUUUUUUUCAGCCAUGAUACUGACCCACAAGAUUAGGCAGACCUCACAUUACGAUUUUUGUUCAGAACUGAAUGAGCCACCUGAAAAAGAAAAUAAAUUGACUGUCCAUUACUGUGUCUGCAAGAAUGAAAA